AUGCUCGCGCCCGUGGAGAUCGAGAGCCGGCGCAUGACCAAGGAGGGCAAGAGCAAGCUCAAGCUGACUGCGCUCGGUAUCCGGGUACACAAGUGCUCGAUCUGUCUCAGUCAAUUCCGAGCGGGGGAUAUCAUGGCGAUGAUGCCAAAGUGCAGUCAUCUCGGGCAUCAACGGUGUGUGGUCAACUGGCUCGUCAAAGACGCUCGUUGUAUGGUGUGUAGAGAGCCCUUGUAG